CAACAACAUGAGCCUGUGCUAUUGAGAAUACUACGACUGUUAACUAGUCACCACUACAGGUAGAACAACAACAACCAGAAGACGACAGCUACCACACAAGCAAGAUGAAGGUACCACUGGCAAAUCUGCUUUGCAUCACAGUCCUGGCAAGUUCUGGAUCGAGCUUCCCACUGGAGAGGAGAGGAGCUGCUGGUAAAGAGAAGAAAGUUCAGUAUGCAGCUUGGGAUGAUGUUAAUGUGCUUGCGCACGGAUUGCUGCAGCUGGGUCAGGGUCUGAAGGAGCACGUAGACAAGACCAAAGCCCAGAUGAGAGACAUCACCAUCAAGAUGAAAGUCUUCAACGUGACCGUAUCCGAGCUCGGCAAGCUGACCCAGAGGCUGCUGGAAGACAACGAAGCAUUGAAAGCCAAAGCCAAGAACCUGGAAGACCAUGAGAAUCAGAUCCUAAACGUGUCCUCGGAUCUCCAGGAGAGAACACAGGAAUUGGUCAGAGACAGACAGAAGGACCACGAGAAGAUGAAUAAGCUGGAAGAAAAGGUUGAUGGCAUGAUGCAAGGAGAAGGUCUCGAAGCUGGCAAUGGCAACAACACUGAUCCACGAAACAUUCAGUUGAUUCUGGAGGCGCAGAAUAAGCGCAUUGAUGAUCUUGUUGAGCGCAUCAAGCAACAGCAAGAAAAACUGGAUAAACAAAAUAUUCGCAUUCGAACCCUUCAAAACCAGAUUCAUAUGAGGAAGGAGCGCUCUUCUCUCAGGCUGAAGGAGGAUGACGUUCACCUGAACACGAGCUCUGAACAGCGAGACUCCCCCGUCGCCGUGGCUUCUGACUGUCAUGAGUUGUUUAUGCGGGGUGAGACCACAAGCGGGUUGUAUACCAUCCAGCCAGCUGACUCGCAGCCCUUUGAGGUCUACUGUGAAAUGACACCCGAUGGCGGAUGGACGGUCAUCCAGAGACGCCAAGAUGGAUCAAUAGACUUUGAUCAGCUAUGGCAGGCGUAUCAGACUGGCUUCGGAAGCCUGAAUGGUGAGUUUUGGUUGGGUCUGGAGAAAAUCUACUCUUUGUCCAAACGUGGCAACUACAUCCUCAAGGUGCAGUUUUCUGACUGGAGAGAUGAGAGUCAAACCAUUAAAUACUCUUUCCGAAUGAAUGGUGAGGAGAACAAUUAUUCCCUGCAAAUUCUGGAGAGUUCUGGGAACCUGGAGACCUCACUAUCCACCGAAGCGUCCGGUGUGCCCUUCUCCACCCGCGAUAAAGACAAUGACCAGAAGAAUGACCUCAACUGUGCCAAACAACUAUCAGGUGGGUGGUGGUUUAGCAACUGUGGUCGCUCCAACCUGAACGGGAGGUAUUUUGUAACCCCUGCACCAAAGCAAAGGCACCAAAGAAAACAAGGAGUGUUCUGGAAGACCUGGCGCGGCCGUUAUUACCCGCUGAAGACUACAACCAUGAUGAUCGCGCCCGCUGAGAUUGAAAACAAGUCAUAGAGGACACCUUGUCAAUGGGUGGAGACCAUUCCUAACCUGCCAAAAUAGAUUAUUGAUGCUGAAAAGGUCUAAAGCUCUAACAGGAGUGCCUUCUAAUCUUCUGACUGUUUUAAGAACAGAUGCAUGUCUAGGAAGAUUGGUGGACACUCAAUCCCAGUCUGAGCCAAAAAGGGCUACGAUGUCGAAUCAGAUCGAGGGAGAAUUUAAUGUGCCUAGGGCUUUACAAGAAGCAGCAUGUUUUAUAUGGUGCAGGCCACUGUAAGGAUCUGCUACAUGUUGAGACAUAUCUGAUAGAGAGACAUACGAAUGAGCUGAUGCUUUAUCACCAUCGCAGCGCUACCCACAGCUCAAUGAACAAAAAUAGUGAGAACUCUUAACAAAAAAUGAAAUAUGGACCAAAUAAGUUAAAUAAGCUUGAGCCGGUACUUUUGAAAUGCUGGCACUGUUUAACUAGAGGCAUUAUCCACAGACAAAGAUGCAUUAGUAGGUCUGCAAAACACUGAAAGCUAAUUUGCUUUCACAGCGAUAGUGUAAAUCAUUUUUACAGGACACGUACUAUCUUUCGAAAGCUUAAAUGAGCUGAAACUACUUGUGCACCUUCCUGUUUUGAAAUCAGAUCUAGAUGAGAUUAUUUUUUUCAGUCACAUUGACUGCUUUUAAACAUUUAGAUCUGUUACUUCUUUGUAAAUAACAUAAAUCUACAUAUAGUUUUAGUAGCAUUGCAGCUGUAAUCUUGCCAACUUUAAAUGUUCGUGCUGUGAUUUGUAUAUUAUUUAAAUGUUGUAAAAUCCUAUUUCUUUUGCUUGUAAUUUAUGUUUCUUAUGAAGUAAAACAUUUUGUUAUUGUUUUUAUAAAAAAUGUUUGGUCCUGAAGAGACCAAUAAAGAUGGACUUUAUCUUAAUAA